AUGGCUGGAAAAUUUGAACCCAAGGUCCCCGUCAACUUGGACCCUCCCAAGGACGAUCCCAUCACCCUCGAGGAGUUGGCCAAGGCUGAUGGUCGGAUGCUUGCUCCUGUGGCCGGUUCGUAUGGCCGUCGAGGACAGACCGCUCCUUUGACAAGGGUUCCCACAGAGAAGGUUCUGACCCUAAUGGAAAGACUUAUGUCGCCAUUAAGGGCAUCGUCUAUGACGUUACUGGUAACAAAGCGUACCAGCCAGGCGCAUCUUAUAACGUUUUUGCUGGAAAGGACGCUUCCCGUGCUCUGGGAAUGA